UAUGGUAAUUCAAACUGCAUUAAUUACCUAAUAACUAUGCAGCAGCCACCUCCACUUAUCGGCCGCGGGAUUUGUAAUGAGGUAGAAAGUGAUUGCCCAGUAAUGAGAUUACCGAAUAUAAAGCGACCGUUGAUAGAUUCUUCACAUCGUCGGCAAAUCAUGUUGGAUGUUCUUCGCACCUUUCCUAACCACAUCGCCUUCAACCGCCCAGAGGGAUUCGGGGUUCAACAAAUGCAGGAAGUCCUACAAGCCUUCACCCUCCACAACCGAGCAGUAGGCUACUGCCAGGGCAUGAACUUCAUUGCUGGAAACGCCACUCUCUUUCUUGACAAGGAGACCACCUUUUGGCUGUUAGUGCUCUUCGUCGAGCAUCAUUUCCCACCAAACUACUUUAACGCUGGUCUGAUCGCGGCCCAAGCCGACCAAAAUGUACUUCGAGAGCUCCUCGGACGAUACUGUCCAGAGCUUUCAGCUUCUCUGCAAACUCUGGAAGUCGACAUAUCCACAAUCACCUUUAACUGGUUCAUCGCAGUCUUCGUUAAUAGCGUCCCUAUUAGUGUAAGUAUUUAUCAGUUUUAG